GAGAUCAAGGAGUACGUCCAGUGGUGCGGCCAGGCCGCGAAGAACGCCGUCGAGGGCGCGGGCUUCGACGGCGUCGAGGUCCACGGCACGAGCGGGUACCAUGUCGAUCAGUUCCUCCAGGACGUCUCGAACACCCGCACGGACGUGUACGGCGGCUCGAUCGAGAACCGUGCGCGGUUCACUCUCGGGCUUAUGGACGCCGUCGUUGGCGCAGUCGGUGCAAGCACAGCAGCGAUCCGCCUAAGCCCAUGGAACACGUACCAGGACAUGCACAUGGAGGACCCGGUGCCGCAGUUCACGUACCUCGUCGACCAGUUCAAGCAGCGCUUCCCGAAGCGUACCUCCAUGUCGUUGCGCCCAGCGCGCUGGCUAACGUCGGGCCAAAGGUCCCUUGGGUGCGUAGUCAUCGGAUACGGGAUGCCGUUCCUCACGAACCCUGACCUACCCUUCCGCCUGAAGAAGCACCUGGCGCUCAACUUCUCACCGGACUACAGCAUGCUCUUCACGACGAAGACCGCGGGAGGUUACACCACGUACCCGUUCUCGGAGGAGUUCUUGAAGACGCAGACGGCAUGGGCUCCGGCGAUAGAACUUACAGCGACCCUUCUGAUGGUGGUGCAUUGA